AUGAGUAUGAAAGGAGGGAUUCCUGAAACUCAGUUUAGUUCAGUGUACGCACACUUAUACAACUGGGGUCACGGCCUAGUAGAGGAUGCAAAAGACGCGAUAACAUCACACCCUUACUUUGAUGAGUACUGGCAAAGCAAGAUUCCAGCAUUGGAGAGAAUCGAAUGCCCCGUGUAUAUCAUUUGUGGCUGGGGUGAUCACGGAAUUCACACCCGCGGAACGCUGAACGCUUAUUACAACAUCAAUUCGAAGGAGAAGUACCUUGAACUACACCAAUACCAAAAAUGGGAAUUCGCAGUUUCUGAAGAGUCUCUGUCCCGCCAAAAGGCCUUCCUCGAUAGGUUUCUCUUAGGGUUGUCGACAGAGGUAUUGCACUGGCCGAAAGUGCGGUACACGGUGCGAGAACGCUUUUAUGUGGGCGAUUGGCGCUUUGCGUCGACGUUUCCUCUUCCCAACACUACGUACACAAAGAUGUACCCUACCAUGAACAAGGGACUCAGUUUGAUCGCUCUGCCGAAUGCAUCGUCUAUCGCCUAUGAUGCACGAAAGGGAAAGGCUACGUUUGAUUUUCCCGUCAUAAAUCCCCUUGAAUUCGUCGGGCACGCCAAGUUGAAGCUCUGGGUGGAGGCCAAGGGAGCUGAGAAUAUGGACCUUUUCGUCACUCUGAGGAAGACGGACCGGCAUGGAAAUGAAGUCUUUUUCCCAUGGAUGACAAUCAUCGAAGAUGGCCCUAUCGCCAUGGGAUGGCUUCGCGUUUCGCGACGGGAACUAGACCAGGAUCGCUCGAAGCCGUGGCAACCAUACCACUCUCAUCGUCGAGACCUGGAACCACUGAAACCAGGGCAGAUCGUACCAGUAGAAAUCGAAAUCCUGCCAACAUCGUGCAAGCUACGUCGAGGAGAAACCCUGCAUGUCGACAUUUCGGGACACGAUUACCACGAAAAUGGCUAUUCGAAGAUGAUUCCCUUGCCCCGGCACACUGAAACAGUCAACCAGGGAGAACAUAUCAUCCACUUUGGUGGACAAUACGAUAGCCAUCUUUACCUACCGGUCCUCCCGCCUGUAAGCGGUUCCGCCCUAGAGAGUAAGAAACCGGUCAAAAUGUCUCUAGUAGCUCGCAGGGUGCGUGGUUGGACCGAUGAGCAGUUUUUGUCCGAGUACACAGGCAAGCAUGCGGAAAUGACGAAGGCUAUGGCAUCGAUGGUUUCUGUGUUGCGCAAUUACACCCAGGUUGUCUGUUGUCCCCCGCCACGCACCGAGAGAAUUAAGCCUAGUGUUUACGCACCAUGGGAUUGCAUGACCACACUGGCCUGGAGCUCUCUUGAUGGGCUUUGGGGAUCUCUCCAGGCCCCUCAGUACAAGGCGUCUGCAGGAAAACACGUCUUCACAGACGACGAAUCGGUGGGCCUUCUCAGCGAAUCAUUCAUCGACUUUAACUUCGAUCCUUCCCAGUUCCUGAAACGCAGCAGCGGCUACAUGGUAUCGCUACUGUUGGCCACAUCUGUAUCACGGGAAACUGAUGAACUGAAUCUCACAGAGGACCUGGCGGCGAGGGCAGAAACAAUUAAACAGGUCGGGGCAGGGACAGCUCUGCUUCGGUACGUCCUCAACCGCGCAAUCACACCUCCCGAUCCUGCGGGAUUCUUUGCUGGUACACCGUUCAGCGGCUUUGACUGGCUCACAAUGGGGGCAAUGGAACAGUUUUGGUUCCCUGACCUCGAAUCUAUCAAUGAAUUUUUCCGAGAUACUAAGCGUUGGGAAACAUUCCAGGAGCUUCCACCGUCCUUCAAUUGGGACAAUUCCCUAUUGAUGAUUGGCAAGGAAAACGUAGUGGUUAACAAGGACUUGGGAAUCUGA